AUGAAAGCUUUCCUCGUAGUUUUGCUGACUUUGUUUGUAAUCGACACUACCAUUGGGGCUAGUCGAUUUCGUAUCUUUGAUUAUAGCAGUCGCGUGCGUUCUUGGGAGCAAGCACGUGCUGCAUGCCGGAGACUCGGUCGAGGCUGGGACUUGGUGAAAAUCAAUAACAGAAGGGAGGAUAAUAUUGUCAAAACAUUUCUGAGGGAGGAGUGUAGUAAUUAUGGUGAUGGUUGGUUUAUUGGCGGAAAAUCUACAAACGGCAGAUGGAGAUGGGCAGAUAACUCGAGGAUGAUAUAUAAUAAUUUUCCUCGACCUCUGCCUAGAAUCAGUUCUGCUGGUCUUCUUCGGGGCGUUCCACAGUCGACCGUCGUUAACUAUGCUGUUAUUUUCAAAAGUGAUUUUCAGUGGGGAUAUGUGGCUCCCCGUCCGUCACCGAGAAUGGGGUACAUCUGUGAAAGACAAUGUCGUUCGCCGCUUUUGGGAAUUGCCAAUCUUGGGGUGGGAAUGGUUCGUAAUAAAUAACUAUGAAAUAAAUACAUGCAAUUUAAACUUGAAA